AUGGACUUCGUUGACUUCUCCAGCAGACACCAGCAAGAGCGCGUCAAAAGCCGGAGGAAGAUGAAUAUCCUGAAUACCCCAACAGGACUCGUCCUCCGCAACAAUAGCCAGUCACGACGUCCGGCGGUAGUUGAUGAGAUCGAUAAGGAUGAUCAGGAGGGUAUUCAUGGGUUGAAAAGAUCGUCCGCCAUCUUUCAUGGUGAAGUGAUUGAGGAUUCGGAGUCGGAACCGGAACCCAUAAACAAUGGUGGAAGCAUUUCGUCAGGGUCAGGAGACAAUCUCAGCAACCAAAAACCGACAAUUGGAAAUGCUUAUAGUAGUGAUGAUGAAAUGCUCCUCCCUCUUUCUCCCACUCGUCCAAAAAUCAAACGGCAAAGGCAACUUUCCCGGGCUUCCUCUAUAGAAGGUGGUCCCGAAGCUAAGAGGACGGUUCCUGGUGGCGAUGAUAUCGUGUCUUCUCUAGGGAGCUCACCUCCCGCCUUUGUGGAAGAUUCUAGGAGCCCACUCUCAGAGCUAAAUGAACAGGAAAUUCUUACACCUGCUCGAAAGGAGCUGUCGCGUGGGCAAGUGCCAUCUAGUCAUCCUCGAUUUGUCGUUAACAAAUGGCAAAUCAAUACCCCCAUACCAGGAAAAUUAAACUAUUCUCAAGCUCCCCAUCACGGGGAGCCAGGAGCCUAUGCAUCUACACCACGACAGAAACCCCGUUUUGUUCUGCCAUCUACCCCAGAAGCGGGACAUGGUAAGAAGAGAGCGGGCCCUGUGACGAGCCCAAGUCCAUUCUCUCCGCUCGCACGUCGCCCAAGGCGAGGGCGUGGUGGCUCUUUAGCGAAGCCGGAUUUUACUCCCAAUGGAAUGGCGACACAAGUUCGAAACUGGAUACUGGAAAUCGGGGCCAGACGCCAAGCAGGUGGCCAGCCAUCAUCAUUGCCGGCUGCGCUAUUUUCUUCCGCCUAUCCAAUUACCAGUGAUAAUGACACUAGCCCAAGCCAGAUUAAUGUCCAAGACAAAUACUGCCUUAAUACGAAAGUUAGAGGAGUGAAAUAUUCAACUACGCGUUCUGCUCGAGGAGCCGGGCACCCAGCUCCAUAUAUACUCUGCAGUUAUGGGGAAGAUAAAACCCCUUUAGCUCAAAUGCUGCUUUUUAACCCCCCUCUAAGAGCCCCUCCAUCAACUGUAUCUGCCUCUAACAUCAUCCGGGACGGCAGCUCCAUUGGUAUUAGAAAUGGCCUGGCAUGGGAGAUCGAGAUCGAUACGCUUACUACUACCGGAAGUGAGCAUUCCGGUAAAGAUGACUCUGAUAUUGUCAAAAAAUCAUCCCGGCCCUGCUGGGUCGGAAUUGAGUGGGAUAUUCUGGUCUGA